GUUCCGGGGACUUGGCUUUUUUAUUCAAUAGCAUUUCUUCUGUGCCCGUACUUUACAGUAUAAAUCAAGGUUAAACCUUAACUCAGCGCGAUGGAGCUUCAGGAGCUCUUUCGCUACAACUACGCAUUUCCAGGGCUACAAAGUGAUUUGCCUACAUGCCCCGAGCUUCCAAACUACCUAGUAUACGCCAAGGAGAAAACAAAUCUACCAGCAAUGAACUUAAUGGCUUCGCCACAGCAUCAACAUCAACACUGCAAUCCGUACGACAACAAUAGCGAUGGCUGGCAUACUCCCAGUCCUGCAGCUUCUUUGCGCUCCGUUAGUCCCGCGGGUGUUUCCGUUUCUUCUGAACCUGAAAGUUGCUAUCUGCUGGGGUCGGGGCUUCCGACAUCAUUUGAUCACUAUGUGCUCCCUAAACACUUUCCUCAGUUCACGCCGCACAAACAGGAACUACAACAAAUGCAACAAGAACACCAGCAACAAGUUCAGCAGCACCAGCUCAAAUCAGAACGACGUGAAUCCCCGAAUUCUGAUCCAGAAGAGAGCGAUGAAGAUGAAAGCGAAGCGGAGCCAGAAAUGAGUAGCUUCGUGCGUAAACGAGGAAAGCACGUGAGCUCAACACUCGUGCGCAAGCGCAGACUUGCGGCGAAUGCCCGCGAGCGUAGGCGUAUGCAAAAUCUAAAUAAGGCAUUUGAUAAACUCAGGACGUAUCUGCCGUCGCUCGGCAACGAUAGACAACUUUCAAAAUAUGAGACUUUGCAAAUGGCCCAAUCUUAUAUCACGGCGCUUUACGACCUCUUGCAAUAGGAGAAGUUUUGUGUCCCGUGUUAAUAUUCGACGUGAAUAUUAAUUGGUGCUGUGAAUGCGGCCUUUACCUGGAAUAUGAAAUGUGAUGUUUCAGGCGAGCUGAUAAGCUCAUUAGGAUCAAGUGAGACAAUUUAUAUGUACAUACAUUCAGAACUUCUUUUUCAUCAAUGUGUGCAAAUAAUA